AUUGGCGUCAAAGGAUCAAAAAAGGAAAUUAGUCUAAAAUGUUGAUGGGUUUUGGCUGGAGGCUUUCAUUGAACCUAAGCUCACAGCCUUACGCAAGCUUCAAUAUAGCUGGCAUAGCCGCCUCCGGGUCAGGGGGCCAGCCUUUCUGUGCUAUGCUGCUGGUUCUGACCAUACUUCUCAAACCCCUUCACCAUGUCAUUAAAGACUCUCCUUUUAUUCUCACCGACGUGCCUGCUAGCCAGGGCAAAAAUCUGUAACCUAACAGAUGACAUGUUCUAUCCACCCAUCCGACUGGGUUAUUCGACGAACCCGAUCUGAGUUUUCUUUUUUUUAUGAAGCUCUAGAUCUGCAAGUGAAGGGUGUUAAAUCAAGUGUUUAUGUGUUAAAAUUUCUUGAAUUUUUGGUUUCUGUGUAAAAUUUAAGUGUUUGUUUAUGUUGAAUCUUGAAUGGUUGUUUGGAAGUUGAGGAAUUAGUUAUCUGUUUGUCAGAGGGGAGAGAAUCACUCUUGUCCUGGAGAAGAAGAUGACUUUCAAAUUUUUUUUUAUAAUCAUUUUCAAUUUUUUAUUUGAUUAUUUAAGAUUUAAAAAAAAAAUGGAAUUCAGAAUU